UCUGGUUCUGCCCAGAGGGGGUGGCAAACCGGUCUCCCGUGACCUUGCGGAGCCCUGACACGCCUUUCAAGCCAGAUCCUCCGCGCUCCGGAAGCCCUGGGUCCCGCCCAUCGCCACUUCGGCGGAGUUUGCUGCGAGGCCUAGCGGCCCAGAGCAAAUAACUGGAUUCUAACUCGGCUCUGCGCACCCACGCCUCACUGCACCGCUUCGUGCCCCCCACCUGGGCAUGCGCCCCCCGAGUUCCCUGCCACCCAGAGCCCGCGCCAUCCCCCGGAGCCUCCCCAGAGCGGGCCGCGCAGGAUGGGCGCUCUCGGUCCUCCGCUGCUGCUGCUGCUAAUGCUGGGAGUCGGGUGCUGUGCCCGGGAGGUGCUGGUCCCCGAGGGGCCCCUUUACCGCGUGGCUGGCACAGCCAUCUCCAUCUCCUGCAAUGUUAGUGGCUACGAGGGCCCUGCCCAGCAGGACUUCGAGUGGUUCCUGUACAGGCCCGAGGCCCCAGAGGCUGCACUGGGCAUUGUCAGUACCAGGGACACCGGGUUCUCCUAUGCCGUCUUCGGGCCCCGCGUGGUGGCUGGUGAGGUGCAGGUGCAGCGUCUGCAGGGUGAUGCCGUGCUGCUCAAGAUUGCUCGCCUGCAGGCCCAGGACGCUGGCAUUUACGAGUGCUACACACCCUCCACUGAUGCCCGCUACCUAGGCAGCUACAGCAGCAAGGUGGAACUGAGAGUUCUUCCAGAUGUGCUGCAGGUGUCUGCCUACCCCCCAGGCCCCCGAGGCCGCCAGGCCCCAACUUCACCCCCUCGCCUGACAGUGCACGAGGGGCAGGAGCUGGCACUGGGCUGCCUGGCGCGGACAAGCACGCAGAAGCACACACACCUAGCGGUGUCCUUUGGGCGAGCUGUGCCCGAGGCGCCAGUGGGGCGAGCGACUCUGCAGGAGGUGGUGGGACUCCGGCCCGACAUGGCUGUGGAGGCUGGAGCACCCUAUGCAGAGCGGCUGGCUGCAGGGGAGCUGCGGCUGGGCAAGGAGGGGACCGAGCGGUACCGCAUGGUGGUUGGGGGUGCCCAGGCAGACGACGCAGGCACCUACCACUGCACUGCCGCCGAGUGGAUUCAGGAUCCUGAUGGCAGCUGGGCCCAGAUCGCAGAGAAGAGGGCUGUCCUGGCCCACGUGGACGUGCAGACACUGUCCAGCCAGCUGGCAGUGGCCGUCGGGCCUGGUGAACGUCGGAUUGGCCCAGGGGAACCCUUGGAACUGCUGUGCAAUGUGUCAGGAGCACUGCCCCCACCAGGCCGUCACGCUGCGUACUCCGUGGGCUGGGAGAUGGCACCUGCAGGGGCACCUGGGCCUGGCCGCCUGGUUGCCCAGCUGGACACAGAGGGUGUGGGCAGCCUGGGCCCUGGCUAUGAAGGCCGGCACAUUGCCAUGGAGAAGGUGGCUUCCAGAACCUACCGGCUAAGGCUGGAGGCUGCCAGGCCUGGUGAUGCAGGCACCUAUCGCUGCCUUGCCAAGGCCUAUGUCCGAGGGUCUGGGGCCCGGCUUCGUGAGGCAGCCAGUGCCCGCUCCCGGCCCCUCCCCGUGCACGUGCGGGAGGAAGGUGUGGUGCUGGAGGCUGUGGCAUGGCUAGCAGGAGGCACAGUGUACCGUGGGGAGACUGCCUCCCUGCUCUGCAACAUCUCUGUGCGGGGUGGUCCCCCGGGGCUGCGGCUGGCUGCCAGCUGGUGGGUGGAGCGACUAGAGGACGGGGAGCUGAGCUCUGCCCCUGCCCAGCUGGUGGGUGGCAUGGGCCAGGAUGGUGUGGCAGAGCUGGGGGUCCGGCCCGGAGGAGGCCCUGUCAGCGUGGAGCUGGUGGGACCUCGAAGCCAUCGGCUGAGACUACAUGGCUUGGGGCCGGAGGACGAAGGCCUGUACCACUGUGCCCCCAGCGCCUGGGUACAGCAUGCUGACUACAGCUGGUACCAGGCGGGCAGUGCCCGCUCGGGGCCUGUCACGGUCUACCCCUACAUGCACGCCCUGGACACCCUGCUCGUGCCCCUGCUGGUGGGUGCAGGGGUUGCCCUAGUCACCGGCGCCAUCGUCCUCGGCACCAUCACCUGCUGCUUCAUGAAGAGGCUGCGAAAACGGUGAUCCUUGGCUCCCCAGUUCUUGCAGGUAUUGACCGUCUUCCAGCCCAGCUCCAAGCCUGCUCUGGUUGCCUGGAUACCCUCUCCCUCUGUCUGCCCUUCUUUUAAUUUAUUUGACCUACCCCUACCCAGAGUGGGGGACAUGGCCCCCAUACCCCACUCCUUCCUUCCCUAACCCCUCCCUCUGGCCUUCUGUUCUUGAUCUCAUACCCAGCCCACAGGGAGGCCAUUCCCUGACCUAGAAUUAGUUUUUCUAAAAUGUGAAUAAACUUGUUUUAUAAAAUCCAG